CCAAGGAGGUGUGGCACAGUGCCUAGGGUCGUUCAGUGUUGCCCAGAAAGUCAGCGCGUGCACAAGGCUCUUCCUCUCUCACUAACAACUCCGCUACACUCGCCCGAAAUGAGUUGGCCGUCAGCCUACGGUUACAAGUACACUCCCAUCGGCCUCCGCCAGCGGGAGAAGAAGGAUGACGCCUCAGGCACGCGUUCCAUCUGCACCACCGUCCACCUGCCACAAGGGGGACACCUGCUGGACAUCGAGAGGCAGUAUGGUAUCGAUGGAUCCAUGUCCAAACGGGAGACGCAGAACAUGGAGCCCUCCGCCGUGCCUCCGGUGACCCGACCUCCCAUCAGGGCCUCGUCCCCGAUCUUCGGCGGAGACUUCGACCCUCACGCCUACGAGCCCCGAUCCUUCGCUCCCUCGGACUUCGAGCGACAGGCGGACGAUAUCAUCGCAAACUUCCGCGCCAGGCAGGGCUUGCCCCUUGAGGACGCCCGGGAGGCGAUCCAGUAUUUGGACGACACUUACGGGAAACUCUCGAACACGUUGCGUAAAGAGUCAGCUAACCACUUCCUGUCCUGGGGUUACCUGGGAGGAAAACCAGGCCAGCAGUUUGUGUCUUCUCUUGACUAUUAACACAGACCAAGAGGCGGCACUCUCAAACCCCUCAGACACGUGAGAAGGGCUAUGAGGAAGGCAGAAGAGGAAGAUUACUACUACUAAACGGUUGAAGGAGACCUCCACCACACAUCCCUCGACCCCCAGCCACCAAUCCCCCGGGCGACAACACACACACAUAUUGCGUUUUAAGGCACCGACUGACUGCUGGCCACACCACCAGGUCGUACGAUCGACGGAUGGGCUGAUGCUAUUCACAACUGCCCAGCUUCGACGAGCUUGUGGGCCACCGCGCUGCAGGAAGAGCUCAUAGUGAGACGUCUCUUCACACACUUGGGGGCAGAGAGAGAAAGAGAGAGAGAGAGAGAGAGAGAGAGAGAGAGGAUCGAACCGACAAGGGCUCUUCUCCUCUCCCAGAGCCUGAGAAGUCUCUCUGUGACAUCUCUUCACAGGCGCGAUGGACAGACAAGACCUCGUUACAUCAGUCUGUACCACUGACGGAGUCUGUGGCCUCAUCUCCUAUCUUCUACGUGGGUUCACAAGUGUUGGCUUCUCUACCUUCCGUUGAUGUAGACGGCAGGGCUGAAGCAUAUCACUGAGGGCUCAGCGUGUUGAAGGGACGCAAACUCCGUCUCGUACAGAGAUUAGAUAUUCACUGAAAACUUCAGAGAGACGCAAACACUUAAAACUUCAGAGACGCAAACACUUAAAACUUCAGAGAGACGCAAACACUUCAAACUUCAGAGAGACGCAAACACUUCAAACUUCAUUCAGAGACGUAAAAGCUAAACUCAUGGAGACUAUAUCUUGUUAAAAUUUGUGUUCCACGUUAAAGUUUCCUCAGUAACACAAAAUUUGACUGAACUUUCAUUUUGUUGGUAACCAAUUUCCCAAUUAUGUUUCGACCCAUCUCUCACACUCGUGCAUUUUGUAUAUGAAAUUGGCAGAACAACAAUAUACUUUGCACGCAGUGACUUAUAUAUUAAAUGAAGAAAAGCAAAAAUUUAAAAACAAAAUACAAAAAAAAACUAAAAAAUAGGCCUAUAAUGUUACUUUCAUCAAUUAAUUUCAGUUUGAGUUCCCCAAAGGAAGAUGUUUCUCUUAACACAAGGGUUUUUUUUUCCUAACAUCUUCAACAUUCAAACAA